GCCCCCCUCGCCCGGGCCCCGGCCCCGCGCAGCGCGCUCUUCACUUCUUGGGGGCUUUUUAAAACAGCGCCACUGGGGUCUUCUCCAUGCGGCUCGGGCUAUGACAGCCUCCGUGCUCCUCCACCCCCGCUGGAUCGAGCCCACCGUCAUGUUUCUCUACGACAACGGCGGCGGCCUGGUGGCCGACGAGCUCAACAAGAACAUGGAAGGGGCGGCGGCGGCGGCGGCAGCGGCGGCGGCGGCGGCGGCCGGGGCCGGGGGCGGGGGCUUCCCCCACCCGGCGGCGGCCGCGGGGGGCAACUUUUCGGUGGCGGCGGCGGCCGCCGCGGCGGCGGCGGCGGCGGCCAACCAAUGCCGCAACCUGAUGGCGCACCCCGCGCCCCUGGCGCCGGGCGCCGCGGCCGCCUACAGCAGCGCGCCGGGGGAGGCGCCCCCUUCGGCCGCCGCCGCCGCCGCCGCCGCCGCAGCCGCCGCCGCCGCCGCCGCCGCCGCGUCGUCCUCGGGCGGGCCCGGCCCGGCGGGGCCCCCGGGCGCCGAGGCCGCCAAGCAGUGCAGCCCCUGCUCCGCCGCGGCGCAGAGCUCGUCGGGGCCGGCGGCGCUGCCCUACGGCUACUUCGGCAGCGGCUACUACCCGUGCGCCCGCAUGGGCCCGCACCCCAACGCCAUCAAGUCGUGCGCGCAGCCCGCCUCGGCCGCCGCCGCCGCCGCCUUCGCGGACAAGUACAUGGACACCGCCGGCCCCGCGGCCGAGGAGUUCAGCUCCCGCGCUAAGGAGUUCGCCUUCUACCACCAGGGCUACGCGGCCGGGCCUUACCACCACCACCAGCCCGUGCCCGGCUACCUGGAUAUGCCGGUGGUCCCGGGGCUCGGGGGCCCCGGCGAGUCUCGCCACGAGCCCCUGGGUCUUCCCAUGGAAAGCUACCAGCCCUGGGCGCUGCCCAACGGCUGGAACGGCCAAAUGUACUGCCCCAAAGAGCAGGCGCAGCCUCCCCACCUCUGGAAGUCCACUCUGCCCGACGUGGUCUCCCAUCCUUCGGAUGCCAGCUCCUAUAGAAGAGGGAGAAAGAAGCGCGUGCCUUACACCAAGGUGCAAUUAAAAGAACUCGAACGGGAAUACGCCACGAACAAAUUCAUUACCAAGGACAAACGGAGAAGGAUAUCAGCCACAACGAACCUCUCUGAGCGGCAGGUUACAAUCUGGUUCCAAAACAGGAGGGUCAAAGAGAAAAAAGUCAUCAACAAACUGAAGACCACUAGUUAAUGGAUUAACUAUGGAGUAGAGGGAACUUGAAGAAAUGCUUCAGAAUCCAUUGCUUUGCCCAGAUAACAAUAACACUUAAUAAUGAUUGAAGAAAUGGAAAGAGAGACACUGGCAUUUGGCUCUCCUCAAGGGAGAAUCUCUUCCUCUAAUGGAAUCUACAACUUUUUAAAACCUUCAAGAAAUGAUAAAGACCGCCAGUUCUCCCGCCAACCCAACCAGACCGUUACAUGACAAACUAGAGUCAAACAUCAACCCCUAAACAUGCAAUUUCAGAUAAGUUACACAUUUACUGAAAUCUUGUAAGUAUUUAUGUGACCGUCAUAUUUUAGGACACUGUGUUAGAUGGUAAUAAUCUGAAAGUUGGUUACAAAAGCAAGUGGCUGUUGUAAGCAUCUGCUUGUCCUCACGUCGCCGUCCCCUUUGCAUGUUAAGUGUCUGCUCAGGUAAAUCUUAGUGAAAUUCCUAUAUUGUAUGUUCUGAAAUCUGUUUCAUGUAUAAGUUUAGAGAGGGGAAAGAGAAAGUACUGGAAUAAUCUAGAACUAUUUACUCUGAAGGGAGAAAGGACAGGAAAGCGCUUUUGAAGAUCAUAUGUCUUGAUAGUAAACACAAACAGAUUAAACCUUUGAGACUAUAAAGGAAUUCCAGGUUGGUAAUGUCUUUCUGAGAACAAUUUUUAGUUGCUUGUAACAAUCACACUUUUGGCAUCUGGACUACCCCAUGAUCAGUGAUUUUCCCAAGAAUUGGGAGUUUUAAAAAAAUGUUUAAAUCAACAGAUAAUCUGCAGGAUUCAUUUUAUGUCAGAUCUCCCAGCAGGUCCCACCCCCAGCAUGAUGGACUUUGAUUUUGAUGCAAUUCGUUUUUCAUCUAAAUUAAUAUUUUCCAAUAUUUGCUAAAUAUUUUGCAGGAUAAAUAAUUUUCUUGUUUUUAUUUUUAGAUGACUCAGAAUGGAAAUUCAUUCCCCCUAAAAUAUUUAGAUUGUCGGCAUUCUAUAUUUUGGUCUUUUAAGAGAUUAGUAUUUUUCCUUGUUUACUGUGUUAUGAGACUGCAGUAGAAAGUUUAAGGAUUCAUCUUCACAGCACAUUUUUAAUCAAGCAGUUAUCUCAACUAGCACAUUCGUUUUGUUCAUAUUCACUUUAAAAUACUAUUUUGUAAAUAAAGACAUUCAGCACACUGUGAAAAUGUAUUUGUGCACCUGCUUUUUAAAUAUUUCUACUAAAAAUGGAAAUUUUAGACCUGUAGAUAGUGAUACAGUGGUAUUAAUUCUGUUAAUAAAAUAGUCACUGCCAUUAAAAUCUGAA